GGAGAUGUCAACGCGACAUAAUUUGAGGGUGUACGAUAUGACGCUGAAUUUCUGCUAGGUUUGCAGGGGCAUCUCGGUAGGGCAGUGCAGACGGAAGCCUUGAUACGGGGAGUAUAACAUCAAUUUUGCCGUGAAAACCAAUCGAAGUACCUUUGAUAAAGGAGAUCUGGGCUGUUGGAUGCCUGCGAGUGCGGAGGCAGCGGAGUCGUACAACAUGUUAUGAUAUACAUCCCCCAGAUCUGCAGUGUAUAACCUUAAGAAGGAACUAAUUACGUCUAGUUGCAAUGGAGGGACCGAAGCACCGCAUGUCUGGAAAUGGUGCUCAUACCCCGGAGAAGAGGAAGCUGUUAGUGGCAGAGUCUCCUAACGCAGGAGCUGCAGCUUUCCAGACAUGGCUGGAAGAAGAGGAAGAGGAGUGGAGGGUUGGCCAGAAGCUGGCUGCCACUUGCCCUGCAGAGUUCAUCUGCCCCAUUUCCCUGGAUAUGAUGACAGAGCCAGUAAUUCUGGCUGAGACUGGGAUGACGUACGAGCGGGCUGCCAUUCGAAAGUGGUUCUUCAUGGGAGGGGACACCUGUCCGCUGACAGGAGUCCGCCUCAGCACCACAAAGGUGAUGGCGCACAAGCACCUGCAGCGGCGCAUAGAGAAGUGGGUGCGCACGCGGGGGAUGCCCCACGAUGACGAGGAGUCCAUGGCCGACUCGCUCAAGGCGGCCAUGCAGUCGUCGUUCGACGAGCCUGAUCUGUGCGCGCGAUCCCUCGGCGGUUUGGAGGAUCACGGCGCUGCACCCGGCAGCCCGGGAGCCUCCACCACCGCUCCUUCCACCGUCGGCGCUUCCACCAUCGGGCCUUCCUCCAUCCACAAGAUGUCAAAGCCGGGCAAGGCGCGGUCGGAGGGGUCCUCAAGCCGCCGCGGCGGCCGCAGCCGCAGCGCGGCCGCGCCGGCGCCGGCCGCCGCUGACAGCAAUGUCAAGCGCAGCAGCAUCCUGCUGCGCGCACUGUCCAGCAGCACGCUCGCGAUUCUCACCAGCGCAGCUUCCUCGCGGGCCGCCACUCCCAACGCCACUCCGCGCUCCAAGUGCGAGCCUGUCUGCGAGGGCGACCCCUCCUGCGAGGUGACUGCCGUGCCUGAAGAUGCGCCCGAGGAGCUCCUGCUGCUUGCACCGCCCAACAGCCCCGCCGUGCUGCCCACAGGCUGCGACACAGCAUCGGGGCAGCACAAGCGCACAGUGUCCCUGGAGGAGCUGCCGCGCGCGCCGCGGGGGACCCGCAUCAGCGUGAGCAACCCCGUCUACAGAGAAUUCAAAUUCGAGCGCGCUGACGAGCCUGCAAGCCCCUUCCCGGCCAAGCCGGCCGCCGCCGCGCUCUCCACACAGAUCCACGCCACGUGCAGCGGCGCCUCGGAGUCUGUGGAACUCGUGGAGGGGCCAGUGGUGGAAGAGCUGCAGGCUGAGAAGGUGGAUCUGCCACUGGAGGAAGGGGGUGUUGUCCUUGGGGAGGCCGCCCCGAUGGCGCCACCCGAAACCGAUGCAGAGUGCGGCGCUGCGCCGAACGGCGGCGGCGGCGACGGGGUGGCUGAGCCGCAGGGGAAACGCUCAAAGGCAAAGAAAGGGAAGGAGAAGAAGCGGCGGCACAAGGCGGAGUGGGUGUCAGUGACGGAGGCACCGCCGUCGGAUGGGUGCACCUUGGCAGGAGCACACCAGCUGGAAGCUGCCAGCAGGUGCACAUCCACUGCGUCGUACUUCACUACAGUGGAGCAGAGCGGAGAGACGGAGGGCACGCCUGCUCCUGCCGCGCUCUCCAAACCUGCGUGCGACCCUGCCGGGCACGCUCCGCCUCCUGAGGGCACAAGCCGGGCAAGGAGCGGGCUGCUGCGUGCACUGUCGCGGAGCUUCAGCAGCCGCCGCGCCCUGCGGCCCGACUGCGAGGGGCGCAGCUCUGGGCGCGGCUACCUGCCGUCCCGCCUGUCCGAGACUGGCACAGGCAAGCAAACCUCCCCAGCUUUACAUAAGCCUGUUUCCUUGCUCGGCCUCAGCCUGCCGUCCGCCACAUCUGGAGCGAUUGUGGCGCGCGCAUCGGCCGAGCGGCAGCGGUCGGUGGCGGCGCUGCUGACAUCAGCGGCUGUGCCGGGGCUGACGGCGCUGGCGCUGCGCACGCUGUCCUGCCUGGGCUACCACCGCCUGUUUUGGAUGCGCUGCUUCGGCGGCUGCAUGUCUGCGCCGGACGUGCUCUCUCUGGACAUCCCCGAGGAUGCGGGCAUGCGGAUGCAGAGCAUUUUGGACGCUGACGAGUACUUCCACUCCGAGGACGCCGAGGUCGUGUCUGUGCACCGCUUUGCACGCCGCAUCAUCGCUGACUACAUGCCGCCUGUCACCGCCGGCGUUCCCUAA